UUCCAUCUUCUUACUUCUUAGUUUGCUACAAAAAAAUAUUCUCAAGGAAAUAGCUAUUGAGAAAAUAUAGAAAAAAUUCCAAAAAAAAAAAAAAAAAACUCCCUACAUAAAAAUAUAUAUAUAAAAGGGAAUGUUUACUAAUACUAAUUGGUUCUCUUGCUAGUGUAGUCAAUAUGCCAGUCUUGACAAGGAAUAAAAGAAACUCGUAGCACGAAUAAGACUGACUGCUUGUGUACGUACUCUUUUACUUCAACAGGAAUAAAAGAAGCUUGUAGCACGAAUAAGACUGAUUGCUUGUGUAUGUACGUAAUGGUGUCACCCUCUCAACCUGAUAUCGAGUCGAAAAAAAUGAGAGGAAAAGCUGUUCCUGGAAAAGCAAUUGUUUUACUCUGCAUUGCUAGUUUUCUAGCAGGAACACUCUUUACUAGCCAGACUUAUUGGAGCCGUAACAAAUCAGAGACCAAAGAUCAGGUUGCACUUAUUCCCAACCAUGCCAAAACUAAGAAGAUUCAAGCCACAACAAUGGCCAAGAUCAAUUUGGAUCAUAACAAGCGCAUGUUGGUUGAAGGAAAACCUGGAGAUAUUAUGAGUGAAGUUACUAAGACACACCAAGCAAUUCAAUCACUGGAUAAGAAAAUAUCAGCUUUGGAAAUGGAAUUAGCAGUAGCUCGAACGAGUCAAACAGACCCUCAGAUUUCAGGUGAAAUGGGAACUAAUCAUAGUCUGCAGAAAGCUUUCAUUGUGAUUGGAAUCAAUACUGCAUUCAGCAGCAAAAGACGGAGAGAGUCUGUCAGAGAAACUUGGAUGCCUCAAGGAGAGAAGCUGAAGAAAUUGGAGGAAGAAAAAGGCAUAGUGAUUCGGUUUGUUAUAGGACACAGUGCAACACCAGGAGGGGUUCUUGACAAGGCUAUUGAUGCAGAAGAGGCAGAGUACAAUGACUUCCUUCGCCUCAACCAUGUCGAAGGCUACCACGAGCUUUCCACCAAGACACGAAUGUAUUUCUCAACUGCAGUCGCACUUUGGAAUGCAGAGUUUUACAUGAAAAUAGACGAUGAUGUUCAUUUAAACUUAGGUAUGCUAGUCACUUCUCUAGCAAAAUACAGAUCAAAACCCAGGAUUUAUAUCGGCUGCAUGAAGUCUGGACCUGUUCUGUCUCAGAAGGGUGUAAAGUAUCAUGAACCAGAAUACUGGAAAUUUGGAGAAGAAGGGAACAAAUAUUUCAGACAUGCUACUGGUCAGAUUUAUGCCAUUUCCAAGGAUCUUGCAGCUUACAUAUCCAUUAACGCACCCAUUCUACACCGCUAUGCUAAUGAAGAUGUUUCUCUGGGGUCCUGGUUGUUCGGCUUGGAGGUUGAACAUGUCGAUGAUCGUUCCAUGUGUUGCGGAACACCACCAGACUGUGAAUGGAAAGCACAAGCAGGAAAUGUAUGUGUAGCAUCAUUUGACUGGUCUUGCAGUGGAAUAUGCAAAUCUGUUGACAGGAUGAGAGAUGUGCAUGAUGCCUGUGGAGAAGGAGAUAAUGCUGUUUGGAAUGUUGAUCUCUAAAAUUACCAAGAAGUCUGGCCUAUUAAGGGAUAUAUACAGUCAUACAGAAGGGCAUAAUAGACACUUUAGUUGAAAGUUGCUCAAAAUCUAGACACUGUACUUUUUUGUUAAUCUGUACUAUGGAACCCUUUCUGGAGCAAAAAUUGUUCCACAUAAAUCAGGGUCCUUUGUUGUUUCAUCUGCAAGUUUUUUUGAGCUAAACAGAGGAGGUUGCCUAAAAACA